GAAGCUUUUAUGUUAUAAUCUGUUUCUGAGAUUUUAAAACCCAUUCCGGAGGAUUUACAAAAGCCAAACUAAAGCCGAAUAAACCCGAAAUGCUCAUUUGUCUGAUUAAAUCAAGUCCGAGUUUUAUCAAACAACAGAAYAACAGAUAACAGAACCGAACCACAGAAAUGCUUAAAAGUUACAUGAAGUUUGGCCCUGAGCCACUGAAGGAAAACCCCGCUCGAGUUUAAAGUUUCCAGACGGAUGUUUCAGUUUGAAUCAGUUGGAGGUGAUUUACCUACCUGCCAGUUCUCAGGGUUCUGAAGGACACCAUGCGGGUCUCUCAGGUCUCAGAGUCUCUGUUCCUGACUGACCUGGACUCGGCUCUGAACCUGGCGGUCUUGACCAGCAGGAACGUCACGCUCAUCGUCAACGCCAGUGGACUGCAGGGGGUCCUCUACCCACYCAAGGAAGACCUGCAGGUCCUCCAUGUCCCCGUCCAGGACCAGCCCCACGCCCCUCUCAGUCUCUACUUCGACCCGGUGGCACAGCAAAUCCAGCAAAACCAAACUGGAACCACGCUGGUCCACUGCAGCGCCGGCCGGAGCCGCUCACCCGCUCUGGUCAUGGCCUACCUGAUGAGGUGCAAAGGUCUCAGUCUGCGUCAGGCUUAUGAACAGGUCCUGCAGUGCCGGCCGUUCAUCCGACCCAACGCCGGGUUCUGGAGGCAGCUGAUGGACUACGAGAGGACCCUGUUCAACCAGAACACCAUGAGGAUGGAGAGGUGGUCUGAAGGAGUCCUGCCCCAGGUUCUGCAGGACCCGGACCCUGAUGGGUCAACACGGAGCUGACAGGAUGGACGAUUGAAGAUGAGUCAUGGUCUUACUGGGUCCAACAAGGUCCCACCAUGGUCCAACCCAACCCAGGUCCAACCCAACCCAGGUCUAACCCAACCCAGGUCUAACCCAACCCAAGUCUAAUCUAACCCAGGUCUAACUCAACCCAAGUCCAACCUAACCCAGGUCCAACAUCAACAAUCAGUUCAAACAGAAAAAAGGGUAAAAAAAGCAGCUAAAAUGAGUAAAAAUGAGUUAAAAGUAGAUGAAACAUUAAAA